GUGGAUACUGAGAAUAUUAAAAGUAAACAGGUAGAGCUAAAGAACUCUGUGGAGAAUGAGUUUGCUACUUCCCUCCAAGCACUCAACAGCACAUUAAAAGAGUGGAUCACUCUAUCAGAAGAAAAGUUUGAUAAAAACAAUGAAAUUAACGCCGAGCUUCAGCAACACAAUAACAGAUUAGAUUUGAACAAACGUCUGAUUGAUGAACACUAUGCUCGUCUGCUGAACACUACUAAUACCUUGACCGAACUUAGCAAUGAAUCCAGAAAUGUUGAUGACAGCUUAUCUGAUAAACUGAAAAAUCUUGAAGUCCAGUUUGCACAGAAUAACAAAGUUUUAGCAACAGUACAGGAUAAUUACGAAAGCCUUGUUAUUCGAUCAGAAUUGGUAAACCAACAGCCUGGUGUCGAGGGUGAUACAACUGCUUCUGUAGAAAAACUCAAAGAAUCUUUAGUCAGGUUGGUUUCUAAUAGAGCGGAUAAGAUGGUGGAUGAUUUAAGACUUGAGUUUACUACCCAACAUGAGCAGGCGAAAAGUGAUCAGCAGAACAUAACAACAAUGACCGUUGAAAGUUUACGGAAGGAAGUUAAGAGUUUGAUAUAUCUUACAGUGGGCUAUGAGAAAAUACCAGGUGCUGGUCAGUUUCUUAUUCCAACGGAUUCAAGGACGUGGAUUGAUGCUAAGAGAUACUGUGAAAGUAAACUCGGGUUUCUGGUUGAAUUUGUAAAUAGAGAAUUAGAAGAAACAGUGAAGAACUAUGUGAAGACUAACUACGAGAUUUCAACCUUCUGGCUCGGGGCCAGAGAUCAUCAAACAGAAGGUGUGUUUAAAUGGGAGAGUACAAACCAAACAUUAGACGAACUGUAUACAAACUGGGGGGAGGGGGAACCUAAUAAUCACGAUGAUAGAGAGGAUUGUGCUGAAUUCAGUUCGUUUGCUUGGAAUGAUAUGGACUGCAGUGAGUCAAGACGGUUUAUCUGCCAACUAAAAUCAUCUCCAUGAGAUUAUGUACACUGCACUGUUUUAUGUACAAUAAAUAAAAGUUUGUACAAUUCGUACAGUUCGAGAAA